UCUGAGGAGGCAAGAUGGCGAAGACCCUGAGAGAUCAUCUGCUGCUGACCCUGGAAGACCUGGGGGAAGAUGAGCUCAAGAAGUUCAAGUUCAAACUGCACGAAAUGCCACUGAAGGAGGGAUAUGAACAUAUCGGCCGUGGGACACUGAAGAAAGUGGAUGUCAUCGACCUCACUGACAAGCUGAUCAGCUGCUAUGAAGGAAAUUAUGCGGUGGAGGUGACCGUGGAGGCGCUGAAAUCAAUAAACGAGAGGGAUUUAGCAGAGAAACUCGCCAAGGCAACAGGAAAUGAUGCUUUAAACUCCAAACAGGAAUCAGACACUCAGCAAAAUCCAGAGUUGGAGGAGAAAGAUCUUUUUAAAGAGAGAAGGAGAGCACUCCAGGACCUCCUGUCCAAGCUGAAGAUGGAGAAGCACAGAAGCACGAAGCUGGGGUUGAGAGAUCUCCAGGAAAUCAACCCAGAAAGUCUACAGAAUUGGACUCCUCGGGCAUUAGGGGAUUUACCGUGGCAUUUUCUGAGGAAGGUCAUAGCUUUGAAUGGGACCGCCAGAAACACAAGCUUUGGGCAGGGAGCAUCUGCUGACAAAGCAAGCAGUGAUGACAAUGGGGGACAAGGCGAUGGUGGCAAUGUUCUUCAUUAUAGCAACAUGGACGCUAGAGCUUCUCUGCACCCCCUCGAUGUUCUCUGUGCUGUUCUGCUUUGCUCAGACAGUUUCCUACAGCAGGAGAUCCUGUCCAAAAUGUCCAUGUGCCAGUUUGCCCUCCCUCUGCUGCUACCUGCCCUCGACACCCCCAAGUGCACCCUAAUGCUGUGGGCCAUGAGGGACAUUGUGAGGAAGUGGAGGCCACACUCCCUGGCAGACAGCAGAGGGUUCAGAGAGGAGAGCCUGGUGCUCACAGCAAUGCCAACCAUUUCCUUUGUGCGGAUGGGGAGCUGCAGCUUCUCCAAGUCCAAACUCCUCAAUGAGGUUCUCAGCCCCUCCCAGCAGCACCACGAUUUCUUCAUCCAUCGGGACAUGGAGUCUGGGAACAUCCCUCGGGAAAUCGCAGAUGGGCUGGUCGAGAUUUCCUGGUAUUUCCCUGCUGGAAAUGAGGAUUCAGAUCUUUUCCCAGAGCCCGUUGCAGUUACAAACCUGCGUGGAGACAUUGAGUCCCACUGGCUGCAGUUUCGCUUUUUAACAGAGAUCUCCUCAGCAGUGUUCAUAUUAACGGAGAGUAUCAACGAGAGACAAUACACGCUCUUAUCAUCUCUGCAGGGAUCAGCCACUAAAUACUACUUCAUCCUCAAUUACAAGUCUGGCAAACAGAGUGAAACUCAGGAAUUCCUUAAUAAAUUAGCGCCAGUGCUGAAACUGAGUAAACAGCAUGUCCUAGAGAAAGAAAUCGGGACCAAGAAAGAGGAAUUCAUGGAAAAGUUGUGCUCUGCUAUAGGAAGUAUAAUGAACGAUCAUCACAAGGACAUGAAUAUGGAGGGCAUGGCUGUGACCGCACGUGAACUUGGAAUCCAUCUGGAUGAGGACUGUGAGGAAUGUCAGAGAGCAAAGAACCGCGUUAAAGAAAUCACGGCAGAAAUAAAAGAUGUUGGAAAUUACAAGAGGCAAAUACUGCAACUGCAAGGGGACCUGUGGAAGAGCUUAAGCAACGUGGAAAGAGAAAUGUGCAGAUUGAAAGGACAAGGGGACGUCCCCACAGAAGAAUAUAAAUCUAGGCUGAAAGAGAAAUUGUUGGAGUUACGUACACAGCAGAAUAAAUGUGACCUUACUGAUGGUUUGACUAAAUUUAUCAGUGGAAUAGGAACACUAUCUCAAAUGGAAAUACGCUACUUCCUGAAAUGCAUGAAAUUUAAUUUAGAUGGCAUUGCUAAGGGGAACCGUCCUAACUUGCAGCCUAACGAACAAAAGCUACCAGAACUGGAUGAAUCCAUCUCUGCCAGUUCCCUAGGAGUGGAGCAUUUCCUGCGUGAGUUGGGGCAGUUCUACGAGGCUGAACACUCAAUGGUGAAGGAAGGCAAAAUGGGAAAAAUUCAAAGGAAAUUCAUUCAUUUCCCGAGGUUAGCAGCUGACCUGAUGCUGGAAGGGUUUCCCAUGGAGCUGAUCGAUGGAGAUGUAUCCAACAUCCCACUGCAGUGGGUAACAGAUGUUCUGACUGAGCUCCAAGCCAAGCUGGGGGGAAAGUCCAAAAUGCUGGUUUUAACGGUGCUGGGAGGGCAGAGCACUGGGAAAUCCACCCUCCUCAACACCAUGUUCGGCCUGCAGUUUGCAGUGAGCAGUGGCCGAUGUACGCGAGGAGCCUUCAUGUCACUCAUUAAAGUGGCAGAGAACUUUCAGCAGGAGCUGGGCUGUGAUUUCAUCCUUGUAAUAGACACAGAAGGCUUGAAAGCCCCUGAACUGGCCAAGCUGGAGGACAGUUAUCAACAUGACAAUGAGCUGGCCACACUGGUGAUAGGACUGAGUGACAUAACUAUCGUUAACAUGGCCAUGGAGAAUGCCACCGAAAUGAAGGAUGUUCUGCAAAUUGUGGUCCAUGCCUUUCUCAGAAUGGAGGAAACGGAGCACAUGCCCAUCUGCCAAUUUGUGCAUCAGAACGUCAAUGAUGUAGCUGCAUAUGAACAAAACAUGAGAGACAAGAAAUAUCUUGUAGAGCAGCUGAAUGAAAUGACUGUAGCUGCAGCAAAGAUGGAAAAACUACAGAAAGAAAUUACGGUUUCUGACAUUAUGGACCAUGAUCCUGAGAAACACAAUUGGUACAUCCCCAGCCAGUGGCAUGGGGACCCUCCAAUGGCACCAGUGAACACUGGGUACAGUGAGAGUGUGUGGGGGCUAAAGAAAUGCUUGUUUGAAUUUGUAAGACAACAUUCACUUAACACCAUUCCCAAAGACAUUCCCCAAUUUAUUGAAUGGGUGAAGAGUCUGUGGAAUGCUCUAAAACAUGAUGACUUCCUCUUCAGCUUUAGAAACCCCUUCACAACUGAAGCCUACACCAAGAUAGCUGCAAAGUCUGUAGGGUGGGAAUGGGAGUUCCGCAAGGAAAUGAAUCUGUGGGUAACUGAAAAACAAACUUUCUUCCAGAAUCAACCUCCAGCUAAAUUAGAUGCUCAUGUCCUGACCAACUUAACAAGUGAGACUCAGCAGAAAGUGAGCUGUGAAUCGCACAGGAUUUGGGAGCGGAUUCAAAGUGCAGCAGUAAAGCAGUCAGUUAGAGACAAGAACACGGGAGAUUUUGUUAGGCAUUCACGUCCGUUUGCACAUCACAGUUCAAGUUAUUCACGUGCCAUUUGUUCCAAUCUGGUGACUGCCAGCAAAGGAUGGCGAAAGAAAAACACGAUUCAGGCUACGUGCAUAAAAACAAUUGAAGGUGAAAUGGACAUGCUUUUGGAAGACUGUAAAAUGAGAGAGAACAAAGCAGACAACAAGGAACUGGAAAUGGAGUUUGAGGAAAUGUGGAGUGAGACAGUGUCAAAAAUACGGCUCGGCUGUAUGGAUGAAAAGCAAAUUUAUCAAGACAUUGAGUUGCUGCUGAGAGAGGACCUGGCAAAGCAGGGGAAUCCAUCCAGUCUAAAGCUACAGGAAUACAGCAACUUAUUGAAUUAUGGAACAAAAUCUUUCAUUAUGAAAAAGGAAUACUUAGAUUUGCCAUGGAUUAAGACCCUGAAUGAAUGGUUCACACAGGAAUGCUGGCAUAAAACAGAAGAACUUGUUAAAUCAUUAAUGGAACAGUGCAAAGAUUAUAUUAGAAAUAUAGCAGACAGCGAAGUAGAUUAUGAUGAAAUUUACAGCAGAAAUCUGUUGAGGAUGAUCAAUGAGAGGCUUCAAGAGGCAGACGUUCAGGAACUUCACACGAGCGCUUGCUUUAAAGUUGACCUGAAGCUUCACAUUUUGGGGGAAGUGGUUCCUUUAUUAGAGAAGAUGCAAGCAAGCUUCAUCAAAGAAAACGAUCCUGAACUAUUUCUGGAGAAACUAAAACCGCAGUAUCUCUCCACAUUUAAAGAUCUUUAUUUGGGGAAGGAUUCCUGCCAAACAAGAGCCAGGGAUUUCUGUCAUUGGUGUCUCAAACCUGCCCUGGUGGACUAUGUGAACAAUAGACUUGGGUUAAAAAUAGUCGAUGACAUUCUCAACAGUGGACAGUAUGAUGAAUAUAUAAACCGAAGCCUUUUCCAGUUCACUGUCUUGAAGAAGCUGCUGAAAUAUGAAAACUUUGACACCUAUAUCCUAUACAUUAAUAACUAUGAACGUUUUGUCAAAAUCUGGGUAGAAGGACACCUGCUAGAUCGCUACAGCCAGACAGCGCGGUUGCGACACCUGGAGAAAGAGAUUCUGUCCUCAGUAAUAAAACAAGUCAGGACUGCUUUGGAGUCUCUCCGUGACAAAAGCACCAGCACGGUCUGUGACUUUUUAGACACAUUUUGUGGAGAGUUACAGAAAGACUUGGUGAUUUCCAAGGACCAUCUAGCAGUGGUGCGGUUUAAAAACACGGCAAAUGCUGCACAGUUUUCGGCUCACGUUCAGGCCAUCCUUCCCGAGCUGGAAAAAGAAACCUUAGCUGAAUUUGAAGAGUUGAAAUUUGAAUCCAAACUCUCCAACCUGUCCAUGAAGCCCCAGGAUGAAAUCUUCAACUGCGUGUUUGGCUGCGGGAAGCAGUGCCCAUUCUGUAAAGUCCCCUGUGAAGCAGGAGGCAUGGAUCAUACGGAACACUUUGCUACAGUCCAUCGGCCUCAGGGAUUAGGGCAGUGCAAAAACAAACGGACAGGAAUGCUUGAGUACUCUUUGUGUUCUUCCGAUGUGGUUUCCAACGCUGUAUUUAGGAAUUCAGAAACGGAAGAGAAAUUUCAUCCCUAUAAAGAUUAUCGACGAUAUUACCCAGAAUGGCGCAUCCAGCCCGAUCCCAGCGUCGACACUUCUGACUACUGGAAGUUCGUUUUUAACAGGUUCAACUAUAAGUUUGCUAAGAAGUACAAGGCUAAGCCAGCAAAUCUGCCGCAGGGUUGGAAAAAAAUAACCAAGGAGCAGGCGCUAGAGAGCCUAGAGGAAGCAUUUAACAUAAAACAAAAAAACAGCUCAGAGUCUUUUUAAGUGGGAUGGACAUAGGCAAAAAACCAGGGUGUGUUUGGUUUUUUUUGUUUUGUUUUGUUAAUUGCAUGCAAAAAUAUCGCUUCUUAUGUACAUAUUUCUUUAGCUCAUGAAAAUCAUGAUUAUGGGAAAUCCUAAAGAGAUGUGGCUUACUUGCAGACCAAGCACCACCUGGACUGAUCUCUGGCUACAUCCUUCAGGUGAUGUUCAGGUGGUUAUUCAGUUUACGUCCAUCACUAGCGAUAUUGUGGUGCCCACAAGAUCACCGGCCACGUAGCAACAUUCCCUGGUAAAUACCUUUUAGAAUUUGUUGGUCUUCCAUCUUAAUACUACAUCCAUGCCAACAAAGCCACCGAACCUGCAGCCAUGCUGAUGCCGGCAGUUGCUGGGUUCAGCUUCACAUGUCCUCAUUGCCGAUCAAGUCCUGCCACGGGAUACGGAGCAACUGAGGAAGAGAACUGAAAACUUCAGUCCGGUGUCCCUUGGUGCCCAUGUUUCACCGCCGUACAACGGAGUUGCCAUAACUGUGGUUCUGUAGGUCCACAGCUUCGUAGCAAGCUUGCUGUUGUGAUCACAGAGGCCACUGAAGGGUCCGAAACACGGCAGCAGAUUCUGUAACAAAAUUCAGAGUUUCUAAAGAGAGUUCAACAGGGAAAGAUUUUUUCCCCCUCACAUUUUGCAUCAUGGUGAUUUAUGACAGAAUUGAAGUGAGGAAUAUGCAAAAAUGCAGCUCUGUAAUUAGCAUUUUUAAGCAUCACCUUUGAUCUGCUUCGGCCUGGUCUACACUUAAAACUUAUGCCGGCAUAGCUACGCCAGUCAGGGGCCUGAUAAAACCACAAUCCCUAGUGACAUACUCAUGCCAACAAAACUCCAGUGAGCGCCACCAUCAAAAGGGCAUCUGGGCUGUAGCCCCGCCAUGCUCCACCUUGAGGCCGUCCUCCUGCUUGUCCUCUUCCUGCCCCUGCUCCGCCUCUUCCCCCGAGGACCCUCCCUGCCCACCGCUCGGGGUGGAGAGGCACGAACAGUGGGUGGGGUAGGGCCACAGGGGAGGGGGCGAAGAGUGGCAGGUGUGUGGGCGGAGCUUUGCGGAUGGGAGGCCAGGGCUGGGGUGGAGUUGGGUGAACACGGGCGGGACCUCAGGGGAAGGAGGCCAAGUGGGUGUCAGCCUCAGAGCAGAGCAGGGGGUGGGGCCACGGUCCAUGUGCCAGUGUCUCCCCCAAUUUCUAGGGAGCUUCCGGCACUUAUGCCGCCCAGCCUCCCCAAACGCAGGAGUCACGCACCGCCUCUGCUCCAUUGCCACAAAUUAUCCACUUCUUAUCUGGAGGGAGCAGCUCAGUCUACUUCCUUACUAGGCAAUGUGUGAUCCAAGGUGGUAAAAUGUUUAAAAUUGAGAUUUUUUUUUCCAGCUAAGUAAAAUCAUGUCAUGUUUAAUGAACAAUUGUAAUACAAUUUCUGUAACAUUUGUUUUCAAAUUUACCUUGGCUCUCUUCCCCUCAGAAUUCUUUAUUCCUAACCUUUAUAUAUGAUGACUCUUGAACGAUGAUAAAAUCAUCUUCCCUCGCUACCUGAAGGAUGUGCUGAAAAGGGAAGAAGCAAACUUUAGAUCCUAUUGGGUCGGAACAUGGAGAAGGCCAAUGAUUGGGAAACUUGAGGAGAAACUUGCAUGCGUUUAAAUAGGAUUAAUUUUUAAAAUGCCCCAUCGACUACAUUACAAAAUCCUUUUAAAAGAAUCAGACAUCUUUUAUAAAUGCUCAUAUUUUGUUUGCUUCUUUGAUCAGUUCUCAACAGCAGCCAACUUUUCUUCAGCGCUAAAACCUUUGCUUAAAAUGAAAGCUGAGGUUUUGCUGUAAUCACAUGACUCCUGAAGCUGAGGCACUAGUAAUGGGCCUAUAGUGUUUAUGUCUUGAUCCAUUCCAGUUCCUGAGCCCUCAUUACUCUCAUGCCACGGUGGUGAGGCUGAUGACUCCCCUUCUUAUCAGCAGUCCUUCAACUUUAUAGAGAGUUCUUUAUUAUAAGAAGUAUGUUAUCAUUUGAGUCACACUGGAAUUGCUGUAAAAUCUAGAAACAUACACCAAAUAAACA